AUGCCCUCAAUCACCAUGCUACCGAGUCUUUCCAGUUUGUCCUCCGAACUGCCUGCAGCUUCUAGUGCCCUUGCAACCAUCCCAGGCUUCAAUGACUCGCAGAAUGUUAACAUGGUGGGCACUUUAGAGUACAAUUCAUACGCGUAUCGUGAUAUGAGCGAAUCCGAACGCGGCUGUUAUCGAAAAGGUGCUUUGCCCGUCGCCCUAGCCUCCAACGAUACAUGUUCGCCGGGAUUCCAUUGUGAGUACGACCUGAGCGCGGAGAGGGUCCCAAAAGGUUGGAAUCUGACAAAAAUGUCAUGCCGAAGGUCCCAAUUCGAAUGAUACGCAUCCGCCGCAAUUCUGCCAUCCUUCCGAGCUUUGCCAGGUCCAGCGCGCAAAUAAGGCAACGUGCGACCCUCAAGGAGUAUUGGAGCCAAAGAUUUGUGCUAAUGGCCACUUUUGUCCCCUCGGUGGGAAGCGGGAGACCCUCUGUCCGAAGGGCACCUUCUGUCCGAGCGGAAGUGUACAGCCAUUCAAUUGCUCAUAUGGGGCGAUAUGUCCGGCAGGGAGCGUACGGCAGAUUGUGAUUAUUCCAUUGUUCGUCACAGUGGCCAUCGACGUGGCGUUGAUGCUGAUGGUCGGCGUUGGAUUCGGUAUCAGUAAAUGGAGAAAAAGCCGGCCCAAAACAUACACCACCUUGGCAAGGACGGAUGAUAAGGCAGAUCAGAUCGAGCUGCUGCAGUCUUGCAGCCCUACUGAAAGGACACAGUCUCCAAGUAUCUCUGUGUCGGGUCCCAAUGCUCCGGUACCUGGUUUUGCGAGGCCAGCUUCAAUACACUCGCGAAGAGCUAGUGGCAGAGUCGAUCAUUACGAUGGAUACGCAGACGACGAUAGCAUUUCUGGGUAUGACGACGAUAUGGAAGAUGAUUUAUCGAACAGUCCAGACAUGCAGCGCUUCAUCCGAUCGAUGACAAGAACCGUGGAGACCUCUUCAAUCGGGCUCAGCUUCGACUUCGAGAACCUGUCCUUCGAGACCAAAGGCGGGAGAAAGAUUCUCCAGGGAGUGACGGGUACAAUGCCAAGAGGCAGCUGUUGGGGAGUGAUAGGAGGCUCCGGUGCUGGCAAAUCGACGUUUUUGAAUGUCUUGAUGGGAAAAGCGCAUACCACGAACGGCUCGAUCAAGGUCAACGGACACUCCAAGGAUAUGAGCAAGUACAAGAAACUCAUAGGAUAUGUGCCACAGGACGACAUUGUCUUCCCGGAGCUCACGGUGAGAGAGAAUAUUCUCCAUUCGGCACGCAUACGACUUCCGACUUCGUGGAGAGACCGGGCGAUCCAGGACCACGUGGACGCACUGAUCGCCUGCUUACAACUCACGCACGUGCGGCACUCGCGUGUCGGCGACGCUGCGAAACCUGUAGUCUCAGGCGGCCAGCGGAAGCGGGUGAACAUUGGAAUGGAGCUGGCUGCGGCACCCAUGGCCAUCUUCUUGGACGAGCCGACCAGCGGUCUUGACGCAACGAGUGCAGCCAGCAUCAUGCGCCUGCUCAGGGCCAUCAGCAGAUUGGGAGUGACAUGCAUCUCCAUCAUCCACCAGCCAAGAGAGCAGAUCUUCUACGGCUUCGAUUCGCUGCUCCUGCUCGCUCAGGGGCGAUCGCUUUACUCGGGACCCACAGACGAAGUGCAAUCCUAUUUCGAGAGUCUCGGCUUUGCGUUCCCACAACGGGCCAACCCAGCAGACACCCUCAUGGACAUCAUCACUGGCGACGGAGCUCAAUAUGCGGUUGCCGCCGGAAAGCACGAAACGGACGUCUCUACUCUGAUCGAGGAAUGGCAGUCCAAAGGACAAUUCCAGGUGCAUGAUCGCCAUCUUUCUCUUGACGCUUCUGGCGCCGCAGUGACACGGAACCGCCGCAUCAGCGACCAAAGUAUGACGAACUCGACUGCCGAGCAGGAAGAGUCCCUUCGCCGCACCAUGAAGGCUCGUGGUGCCUCGUGGCCAGCGCAGGUCUACUACUGCUGGAAGCGAGCCAUGACGCAGCAAGUCCGCAAUUCAACCUCGUUCUUCUUCGAAGUGGGCGUCGGCGGGCUAGCGGGUGUCAUCAUCGGGCUCUCUGCAUUUGCGGCGAACGGGCACCUUUUCCAGGGGAUCUAUCAUCCUCCAUUCACCCUCCUCAGCAGUGCGGUCGACUACCAAAGUACGCCACAGCUGGGUCUCCUGGGCGGGAUGGCGAUCGGGCUUGCAGCGUCGGCGCCCGGCUUCUGGGUGUUUGGCGAGGAGAAGCUGAUUUAUUGGCGCGAGACGGCCUCGGGACAUUCGAGGAGCGCGUACUAUGUUGGGAAGCUGCUGUCGACACUGCUCCGGAUCGGCUUGAGCAGUCUCCAUUUCACGGUCUUCUUGGGGGUCUUGGCAACGCCGCUGAUCAGUUUCCCAGCGAUGUACGCGGCGAAUCUGGCGUAUUUCUGGUGCAUUUAUGGCCUCUCGAGUGUCGUGAGCGUGUUUGUCAAGAGAGAGAACGGACCGCUGCUUGCGGUGCUGGCGUCGCUGGUCAUUGGAGUCUUGGGAGGGGUGGCGCCGCCUUUGAGCAAGGUGAAGACUUGGCAUAUGGAGUGAGAUGCCUGCUUUUGGAUCUGGUCUGUUUCUGUAUUCUGUGGUGUGCUGACUUGGGAUCUCGUAGAUGGUUCUGGCGUCUCUCGCCUGGUGUUUGGUACACCGAAGCAUACUGGAGCGAAAACCUGCGGCCGCUGGAUUAUCUGUACGAAUUGGACCUUGCUUCGAAGACGAUUGGAUUCACCCUGGGACAGUACGGAUUGGAUAUCGGGUGCGUGAUGCUCGUGACCAUCCGGGUUUGCCAGAGUUAACGUAGACGACAGCAUGUUGUUCGCCAUCGGCUUCGCAUAUCGCAUCAUUGCGUAUGUCGGCUUGAUCUUGGUCCAUCGCGACAAGCAGCGGUGAGAUUUGAUAUGUUAUCGCAAUGGCAUCUUUGCCACCAACUUGCACUGCACAACGCUCGGCGCAUGACUCUGAAGCAUUUGUUGACGUUGAUGUGAUAGUGUCACCGGGCGAGCUCCCAGGACCAGUCGACUCCGAAGACCGUCGAAUGCGCACAAGUUCGAGGCAGCGCCAGCCGAGGCAGAGAGGAACAAGGCGUGGGAGAAGGCAUGGGAGAAGUGCGAAGUGGCGGUUGGAAAGCUGGAUUCGGAUGCCCUCGUGGCCAUGAUGGCUUGGAUGAAGAAGCCUGCUUAG